CACAAAGGUUCUGUAAUCUGUGGCUCCAUGGUCCUGUCCUGGAUGACAGGAAACUUAACCUUCGAAUAUUUUGGCAUUUAUUUGAACUUGUUUACGGAAAAAAAACUUAGCUAGUUUUAGCUAGUAACUUAGAUUUUAGCUAGUAAAGUUCACGUUACACUUGUGGAAUAUGGAUGUGAGUGUCUACGAUGAAAUUGUGAGCUUUAUAGGGAACUUUAAAGGUUUGUCGAAAAACUGUUCCAAAAAACUGGAAGAACUGUUUCCCAGCAUAAACAGCGAUACAUUAUACAGUAUUUUGUGCAAUGAGUAUCAAAGGAAAAUGCGUCGCAUCUAUGGCAAGACCCAAAACAACCGCGACUACUUUUGGAAGUUGUUCUGGGAGAAGAUCGAUCGCGAAAAGCCGGGAAUGUUGGUGAAGAUCGCUGAAGAGCAUGAAAUCCCUCCAUGUUUGAUUGCCAAGCUGAUUUUGCAAAAGUACUACGAGGGCGAGGCGGAUGAGGAGAACCUUGACAAAGAACCAGCUACCAAGCUGUACCUUUACCUAAAGAAUACUAGCCUGAUUUCGGAUGGCCAAUUGGCCCAAGAAAUUUUCUUGUGUACAGUUUACGAUAGUUUGUACAGCCCAUUGGCCGACAUUAUGAAAAAGUCUCUUGGGCAGCAAUACGAGAUCCGUCUGCAGAAAGAGGCCACCCAGAGGGGUUUAGUCUUCCGCGAUGAAGAAUCGCUUAGGAAAUAUGGCUACGACAAAACUCCCGACUUAAAGCUGGAAGCCCCUGUCGCAGUCGAUGGGUUUAUCGUCAAUUGGGUUGAGAGCAAAGCACUGUUUGCCGAUGAAGACAUCCAUAAGGAUUAUAUGAAAAGUCAGUACCUGAGCUAUUGGAAUAGUUUUUUUUAGGUUUGGUUCCGGACUGAUCAUCUACUGGUUUGGAUACUUAAAAACCAUAAACGCAUCGCCGGACAAGCGGUUUAUUAUUCGGGAUCAUUUGCCCGCCAAUCUCACAACGAUUCUGCCAGCCAAUCAAUCAAUUAUUCCCGAUGAGAUGAAGGAGCUGACGACACACCAGACAGUGUAGUUUUUGAAAUUUAAAGCAAUUUUUCAACGUGAAUAGCAAAGAGUUAAUGUGCGUACUGUUUAAGUACCUGCCAUUAAAGGAGCUGUAAUUUGCGCUGCAAUAGCAAAAA